AUAACCAUAUAGUAGAGACUGUCUCAUCAGAGAAAUCUUCUUCUUCUCAUUAACAAAAAACACUAGAAUUCUUCUCUCUUGAUUUUCAUUCAUUCUUUGAAACAUGAUUACUGCUAGAGCUAUGAAUGUCAUUCUUUCUUUGCUUGUUUGGCAACUUUUAUGCAUGGCCGGAAAAAGUCAUCCGAAUCUUGCCCGUGCGGCUACUUUAGGAGAAUGGAAACUAUUACAGGAAAACAUUGGUGUUUCAGCAAUGCACAUGCAAUUACUUAACAAUGAUCGUGUUAUCAUAUUUGAUAGAACUGAUUUCGGUCCGUCUAAUUUAUCGUUACCUGAUGGUGUAUGUCGGUAUAAUCCUGAUGAUUUGGUUCUUAAAGUUGAUUGCACAGCUCAUUCGCUUGAAUACAACGUUAAUGAUAACUCGUUUCGACCACUGAUGGUUCAAACUGAUCCAUUUUGUUCAUCGGGUUCCGUUUUGGCGGAUGGGCGUCUAGUGCAAACCGGAGGGUUCAAUGAUGGAGAAAAGAAAUAUCGAGUCUUUCGACCCUGUACCGACUGUGACUGGCAGGAAUUUGAUGGACUGAAUGCACCGAGAUGGUACGCCACAAACCAUAUAUUGCCCGAUGGAAGAAUUAUUGUCAUCGGUGGUCGACGGUCAUUCAAUUACGAAUUUUACCCGACAUCAAAAACACUUAUCGAUUUUCCGUUUCUAACUCAAACAAAUGAUCCGGGUGAAGAAAACAAUUUAUACCCUUUUGUUCAUCUAAACGUAGACGGAAACUUAUUCAUUUUUGCCAAUAACCAAUCAAUCUUAUUGGACUACAACAAGAAUUCCAUCGUAAGAACAUACCCGCAAAUACCCGGUGGUGACCCAAGGAAUUACCCAAGUUCGGGUUCAUCAGUACUACUUCCAUUGAGUCCAUCUGGAACUGAAGCUGAGGUAUUGAUUUGCGGCGGUGCACCCAGAGGUUCAUAUCCUCAGGCCAAAAAAGGAGUUUUCGUUACAGCUUUGAGGACAUGUGGGAGAAUUAAGAUCACCGAUGCUUCACCGCAAUGGGUCAUGGAAAAUAUGCCCACACCUAGGGUCAUGAAUGAUAUGACUUUGCUUCCUGAUGGCAACGUUUUGAUCGUCAAUGGUGCUUCAAGUGGAACGUCCGGCUAUGAACAAGCUACAAACCCGGUUCUGAGUCCAGUAAUUUAUUUCCCAGAUAAGCCAGUCGGUUCAAGAUUUCAAGUCCAAAAUCCAUCAAAAACACCAAGAAUGUACCACUCAUCAUCAGUUUUACUGAGGGAUGGCAGGGUUUUAAUAGGAGGUAGUAAUCCAAAUGAUGGUUACGUAUUCACUGGAGUUGAUUUCCCGACAGACUUAAGUUUAGAAGCUUUCUCACCGGCAUAUUUGCAUACAGAGUUCGACACCAUCAGACCUACCAUUGUUUUUCCUACAGCACAAACAAGUCUAAAUUAUGGAGAAAUUUUAAGGGUUCAAUAUACGAUUUCAGGUACACAUAGCCCAUGCGACGUGAAUGUGACAAUGGUAUCCCCUUCGUUCGCGACUCAUUCUUAUUCCAUGAAUCAAAGGUUGCUGUAUUUGGGAGGUGGAAACUCCCUCAAGGUUGGAACAUCCACGUACACUACCGAAGUUAGAACUCCUAAAUCUAGCAUUCUUGCCCCGUCCGGGUACUACAUACUGUAUGUUGUUCAUCAAGGUAUUCCUAGUGUGGGAACUUGGGUUCAUAUAUCAAGUAAGCAGAGUGCCGAGUGGUAACAUUUAAUUGUUAACACUAGAAUGCAUAUAAGCGUUUCAAAUUCUAAAUUAUAGGUUUAUAAAACGAAUUAUGUGACAAUUCUAAAGAAAGUAGUAUCUAUCGUGUCCGUUAUCACAACAGUUUAUACAGGGAAAAUGAUUGAUGAAUAUCUUUUAAAGCCAAGUAGACUUCUAAAGAAAUAAAAUAUAUUUUCGUUUUUCCAGUAGUCGAUCAUCUGUUGCCUGCUGGCGAAUUUGCUGAA